AUUUUUAGUUCAAUAAUACAUUUCUCGCGAAACGGUUAUUUUUCGASCACUGAAAAAACAUGAAAACAUCGCCAAGACACAGAGUUGAACCGGAAAUAUCCGAGACGAUGAAAGAUGCAACAAUGACCAAAACAAAUUUAAAAGGGGAUUGGAAAAACUUUUUUUUGUUAUUAUUACUGUACACAAUGCAAGGCUUGCCUUUAGGCAUAGCYAUGUCUAUAACGGUACUAUUACAAGCCAACAAAAAUGUGACGUACAAAGAUCAGGCAUUAUACAGUUUAACGAGAUGGCCAUUUAGCUUGAAACUCUUGUGGGCACCGCUAGUAGAUGCACUAUAUGUACAAAAAUUUGGAAGGCGAAAGUCUUGGCUAAUGCCUGUUCAAUAUUUAAUCGGAGCGAUUUUGAUUUAUGCAGCCAGUGACAUUGAGAACUUGCUACCCGAAACUGGAAAACCAAACAUCAUGAUGCUAGCGUACAUUUUCUUCAUGAUAAACUUCUUAGCCGCUACCCAGGAUAUAGCAGUGGAUGGUUGGGCUCUUACAAUGCUGAAAAAGAAUAAUGUAGGCUAUGCGUCCAUUUGCAAUGCAUCAGGGCAAACAAUAGGUAGUAUGAUAGGUUCCAUGGUACUCAUUCUGUUUACGUCUGAAAAGUUUUCUAAUAAAUACUUACGAAGCACACCUGAUGUUGGAGGCAUAGUCUCUGUGAAAAACUUAUUAUACGGCUGGGGAAUAAUAUUCAUAAUAAUAACAACAUUAGUUGGUGUAUUCAAAAAAGAAAAAGAUAAUGCAUUUGAUGAUGAUCAUGAAAAAAUCAAWGUGGUUCAAAAUUAUAUACUAUUAUGGGACAUAUUAAAGUUACCUAGUAUUCGAAUACUGGCUGUAAUAUUAAUAACUUCAAAGAUUGGAUAUGCUGCAACUGAAAAUGUGUCUACCUUAAAGCUCAUCGACGCAGGUGUUUCAAAAGAAGACAUAUCAAUAAUAGAUUCAGUGAUGUCUGGAGUUAACACUAUUAUACCAUUCAUCAUAGGGAAAUACACUUCAGGUCCAAAACCGAUGAGCUUAUUCUUGAAAAUUGUACCCAUCAGAUUAUCUUUAAACAUUGGAUUUGUUAUGCUAAUUUAUUGUACGCCAAAAUUGAUAACAUUCAAUGAAGUAAAUACUUCAAUAUAUUACUAUCCACUUCUCGUGUUUCUAUUAUCAAUACAACAAAUUCUAUCUCACAUAAUGUUUGUUGCUACCUUAGCUUUUUUUUCCCGGAUAAGUGAUCCUCGUUUUGGAUGUACUUAUAUGACAUUUUUGAAUACUCUUGCAAAUUUGGCAUAUAUGUGGACGUCUACUGCUGCGCUGGGAAUGAUUGAUAUAUUGACGUUCAAGGAAUGUUCAUUGGAUUCUAAAAAUAACUGUUCUACCCUAGAUCUUCAAAAUAUGUGUAAAGCAGAUAAAGGUGAUUGUAUUCUAACAGUGGAUGGCUAUUACAUAGAAAUGCUUAUAUGCACCAUCAUUGGAAUUAUUUGGUAUUUUUCUGUUAAAAAUACACUCAAAACAUUUCAAACUAAGAAUCCUUCUCAUUGGCUAGUUAAAAUUAAGAGAACAGUAACGGGGAAUGAGUAAAGGAAAGGGACAUGUUCCAGUAAAUGUUUAAGCGUGGCCGUUUAGAUGUAAACGUUUUGGUAUAAGAAUUUGGCAGCAUCCUAUUUGCCCAGCGGCCCAGGAACUUUAAGUGUAUUUAUUUUGAUAUUUAAAACUAAUUUAACAAUAUAAAAAUUAUCAAAACUUAUGAUGAACUUUAUUAUU